AUGUAUGUUCCAGCUAUUGAAGGAAUUGGACGUGAAUCUCGUGCUGGUCAAAAACUUAUUAGGUUUGGACGUGGAGGUCAAAAACUUAUUCGUUUUGGUCGUUCAUCAAAUUUACCUCCUCCAACAGACAUUGAAAAUGAAGAAGGAACAGUUUAUGAUGAAAAUGAGCCAAAUUUAUAUUUCGGUGACUACAAUCCCUACAAACGUGGUGGUCAGAAAUUAAUUCGUUUUGGAAAAAAAUAA